AGAGAACUUGGUAUACUAGUUAGAAUCACAUGAUAUCCAAAUCUAUGUAUUACAUGUUGAUGAUGUAUGUUACAUGUAGAAAAGGGUUGAAUGUACAAUCAUUAUGAUUAAUUUCAGGCUAUACAAUGAGACCAGUAGUGCCAGCAAAGAACUAUGAUGUUGUGUCUUUUGCUCGUGCCAUGAAUGAUGACUUUGCACCCAGGGUACAGAAACUGUCCGAGCCAGAAACUCAUGCAGCUAUUAUAGCUCAAAGAACAGGCAUAUACAUUGGUUGGCGCUGUCCAGAAUUCAAGCAUGAUUGUCAAAGGGUCGGUGACAUGUCCAAAUGCUUUUGUGGACACCUGCUUGGUGAACAUGACAAAUAUACAGGACGCAGUAUUCAAGUGCCAUGCAAGUUUGGAGGUUGUCCUUGUAAAGCUUUUGCAUGGAUACCCUCCCGUCCUGAAGAUAUUGGAGAGUUUUGGUUCCAGAGAAGACGUGACUUUGAUGUCACCAAGUGGAGGGCAAAGUGUAGAUGUAAACAUACACAUGAGGCACAUGCAGCUACUGGAGGGCGGCAGUGCAAGGCCAAAGGUUGUUCAUGUUUUCAUUUCAAUUCUAAUUUUUUGUGUGCUGCAUGUGAUCGUCACUGGGAGGACCAUGAAACAUUCUUUGAGACAGAAGACAUGAGAAAGAUGAAUGGGCUGCCCUAUGGUGAAGACUACCUACCAUUUGCAGAGAUGCCUAAUUUGAGGAAUGCUGCCCUGACUGGGGAUGAGUAUGAUGAAUCCCUGUACCAGGCACUAACUACAGGACAGGGGAGACCUGCCAUUACAUCUAACCCACCAGCUGAUAACAACACCCCUGUUCCUUUUGGUCAGAACAGAAGUGGAUUUAGGCCAGUAUAUGAUUAAAAACUCAUAAGAAUCACUGUUUUUAUUGAAAAAAAUAUAUGGAUAUUUGAAAAAGAGGAUUGCUCUUGAUAAAGGAUGAGAACUAUUGCUGGGGGUUGUGAUGUGUCUUCUAAAUUACUCAGUUUUUGGUGAACGAGUAGAAUAAAAAGCAUCAUGUUUUCUCAUUGGAAUCAAAUAUUGAAAGAACUGAGACCUUGCAUUUAAAAUGUCUGAAUAUUGUGACAAUAUUGUAAACCCUAUGGAGUUGAUGUGUAAGUUAAAAUAGUUAACAGUUAUACAGACAUCAUAAUGGCUUUUUUAUAAUUAUCACAUAUUAUAGCUUUUUUGAUGAAGCUAUUUAUUUUAUCUGACAGCAGGUAUUUUUAUGUGUGAAUGUAUGAUAAUUAUUAUGAUAAGGCAUGGUAUGGAAUUUUUUUCUUGAAUUUACUUUGCUUGAUAUAUUCAUAUGGGAAUCAAUAUGGUCAUUUAAUCUUUUCCCACUUUAAUAUUUACUGUGGAUGUAUAGAUAUUCAUCAAAUUAUUUUUCCAAAUUGACAUAUGUAAAAUAUAAUUAUAUGAUAUAUUAUAUCAAAAUAAAUGCUAAUUUUGAAGGUUUCCGCCAUUGGCUUUUCUCGGUAUUAUUUCCAGAUUUCCUUAUUUCCUCUUUGAUUUAUUGACUGCAUUGUUUCUUUGAUGUGUCACUGUAUGAUGAUUGACAAAUGAUGACUUGCUUUCAGUGCACAACAUCAUGAUGCAAUCCCCAUAACACAUCAAACAAAAACAUUAAUAGCUUAGCCUAUUUCAGUCAAAUAAUAAAUGUGAUGAUGCAUUGCCAUUAGGAAGGAAUGUGGAACACAAAAAUGCUGGCAAAAAUAUGCUUGGUGCAAUAUUGUUAAAGAGGCAAUGUAGUCAGUCAAAGAGAGAAAGAGGUAGGCAAUUCUCAAAAUUAAAUUGAGGAAGGCCUUUAUCGGAAACACUUUAAAGUGGUUUUUAUUUUUAUAUGAUAAAUAGAAUUUAUUUAAAAUUAGUUAUUGGCCAAGCAUAGUGUAAUAUCCGUCCAUUCCACUGGCUAUGUUUCUGUGAUAGUGUUCCUUGAAGUUAAAUAGUAU